AUGGCGCCGCCGCCCACCAGCUCCUCAUUCCUCCGCCCGCUACCGCUGCCACACCACCCGCACCCUCGCCUCCAUUUCCGCCCUCCCUCCGCCUCCUUCCGCGUCUCCGAAAUACUUGGCGGUCGGGGCCUCUGCAACGGCGAGGUCGGCGUCCGCAAAGAACUCGCCUCCGGCUCCUCCGCCUCCCCCACCUCCUCGCCCGCGCCCUCUCCUUCUCCUUCGACAGAGACUCCUCCGCCCCCGGUUGAUCUGGACGCGUUCGAGAAGGAGAUGAUGGGGCUCACAGGCGGCUUCCCCGGCGGCGAGGUCGCCCUCAAGGACUUCGUCGCCAAGAACCCGCCGCCUCCUCGUUCCAAGAAAUCAGAUUCCCAGCUUGUUGCCCCCCAAGCCACGCUUUCCGCGCCGCCGCGGACGCCGGAGCUGCCGCUGUUCCUGCCGGGCAUGGUGGUGCUGGUCAAGAACCCCAACAACGCCUACCACAUGUACUGCGGGAUCGUGCAGCGCGUCACCGACGGCAAGGUCGCGGUGCUCUUCGAAGGAGGAAUCUGGGACAGGCUCAUCACCUUCAAUCUCGACGAGCUCGAGGGCAGGGAGAAGGGGCCGCCCAUGGUGAACCCCAAGUCUGUGGUGCUAGAGGAUCUUGUCGCGCAGCUUGAGGAGGACGAUGAUGAUAAGGAGGACGAAGCGGCCAAGAAGAAGAAGGAACCUGAGGGCGCCGCGGCUGCGGCAUGA